AUGAAAGGGCUCGAAUACAUACACUGUGGUAUGGGCCAGUACUGCCCCCUUGGCCGAGGCGGUGAGCCAGCGGAGAGACCGCUAAGCCCGAACAGGCAAGCAGCCAUGGAAUCGAGAAGACCAGCUGUUUGUUCGUGUGUUUGUGACACCACAGCAUCUCGCAGGUGCUCGAGUCCACCAUGUCUCCCCCCCCCGCCCAUUGCCAUUGAUCCUGUGGCCUUGGUGACCACUGAAUGCAUCACCGUCACCUCGUCCAUGCGGAAACAUGCCCGCUGGGCGCACUCCUCCGUCUCCGCCAUCCUGGGCGGACACGGGGUGUCCCGCGUCUACGAACGCGAUACCUCUACUCCUCCUAGCCCGCGCAAAAGCGGCGCUUCUACCCGCGAUGAGGAUGCCCUGGCGAAUCGAUGGGGUUUGCGAGGGAAGAAAGGGAAAAGUAUGCAGGACAAUCCGUUAAUAUCGGCCUUCACACGACUUCGGAGUGACCUGAAAGGUUGCAAAGACAUUCGCUCCUUUGACACACCGGCCUUACUGCACCCAUUCUUGCAAGUCAUCCGCUCCUCGUCGACCUCCGCCACCAUCACUUCCCUUGCCUUGAUCGCAGUCACCAAGUUCUUCUCGUACAACAUCAUCAACCGGGACUCGCCUCGGCUUCCUAUGGCCAUGCAACUACUGUCCGCCGCGAUUACACACUGCCGAUUCGAAGCAAGCGACUCUUCGGCCGACGAGAUUGUGUUGUUGCGAAUCUUGAAAUUGAUGGAGGGUAUGCUGUCCCGGCCCGAGGGCGAACUACUGGGCGACGAGAGCGUCUGUGAGAUGAUGGAAACGGGUCUGAGUAUGUGUUGCCAGGGUCGUCUGUCCGAGGUAUUGCGGAGAUCUGCCGAGAUGGCCAUGGUCAACAUGUGCCAAGUGAUCUUCCUGCGACUGUCGCAUCUCGAUCACGAUCUGCCCACAGGGCCGGGCCCAUUCGUCGACGAGGAUGCCGGAAAGAACACCACAGCCAAUUUGAAGAUGGACCCAUCAGUCAAUGGCGAUACAGUGACCUCACAACAUUUGUCUGCGAUGAGCUCAGAUACCGCCGCCGGACGAGACAGCACCAGCCGAGAGGGAACACCCGAGCAGCCUGGUAACGGUGAUGCGGCCGCAGCUCCGCCAAACCCGCAAGAUGACCCCGAGGAGGUGUCUUCUCCGUAUUCUUUGCCCUCGAUCCGGGAGUUGUUCCGGGUCCUGAUCGAUCUCUUAGAUCCUCAUAACCGCAAACACACAGAUCCCAUGAGAGUGAUGGCGCUUCGCAUCAUCGAUGUUGCCCUGGAAGUAGCAGGUCCCUCGAUUGCCCGGCAUCCUAGCUUGGCUGCUUUGGCCAAGGAUGAUUUAUGUCGAUAUCUUUUCCAGUUGGUCCGCUCAGAGAAUAUGGCCAUUCUCUCUUCAUCUCUCAGAGUCGCUGGCACACUAUUAUCAACAUGUCGGUCUGUGCUCAAGCUGCAGCAGGAGCUUUAUAUUUCCUACUUGGUGGCUUGUCUCCACCCUCGCGUGGAAAUUCCACGAGAGACAGGCAUCGAUCCAUCGCUAUACGAAGGUGUGCCACAGGCCCCGAAAUUGGUAAAACAGCCACAGUCCCAGACAAAUAGUGGCCGGUCCACCCCAGUCCCGGUCAAGGAUCGACAAAAACUAGGACUGGAGGGCGGGUCACGAAAACCUGAAGCCCGGGAGGUGAUGGUCGAAAGUAUUGGGGUCUUGUCACGGAUCCCUAGUUUUAUGAUCGAGCUAUUCAUCAACUACGAUUGCGAAGUCGAUCGAGGUGAUUUGUGUGAGGACAUGAUCGGCCUACUCGCUCGAAACGCCUUUCCGGACUCUGCGACAUGGAGCACGACAAACGUGCCUCCUUUGUGCCUUGACUCUCUCCUGGGCUAUAUUCAGUUUAUCUACGAUCGCUUGGAUGAUGAACCCACACAGGGGGAGUUUCCUUCCCUGGAGCGCCUAAGAAGCCAACGCAGAACCAAAAAGAUCAUUGUCAAAGGAGCCCAGAUGUUCAAUGAAGACCCGAAGGCCGGAAUUGCCUACCUUGCCGGCCAUGGCAUUAUCGAAAACCCAAAAGAUCCUGUUUUGGUUGCCCGGUUCUUGAAGGGAACGGCACGAUUGUCCAAGAAAGUUCUUGGAGACUAUAUAUCAAAGCGUGAUAACGAGGAGAUAUUGGGUGCAUUCGUGGAUCUCCUUGACUUCUCUGGUAGGAAUGUGGUUGAAGCGCUUAGAGAGCUCCUCAGUUCUUUCCGCCUGCCUGGCGAGUCGCCGCUCAUUGAGCGAAUCGUGACGACGUUUUCGGACCACUACAUGCAAAAAGCACAACCAGAAGGAAUUGCCGACAAAGAUGCGGUAUAUAUCCUGACGUACGCCAUCAUCAUGUUGAAUACAGAACUUUACAACCCCAACGUGAAGUCACAAAAUCGCAUGUCUUUUCCCGCUUUUGCAAGGAAUCUUCGGGGUGUCAACGGCGGAGGGGAUUUCACUGAUGAGUUCUUGCAGGAGAUCUAUGAUUCUAUCAAAGAGAACGAGAUCAUUCUGCCCGAUGAGCAUGAUAAUAAGCAUGCAUUUGAGUAUGCCUGGAAAGAGCUACUGGUGAAGUCUUCAUCUGCUAGAGAAGUGGUGGUUGGCGAGACCAACGUUUAUGAUGCGGAAAUGUUUGAAGCUACGUGGAGACCGGUGAUUGCUACCCUUUCUUACGUCUUCAUGUCUGCGUCUGAUGACGCCGUAUACUCUCGUGUCGUGAAUGGCUUCGACCAAUGUGCCCAAAUCGCCGCUCGAUAUGGUCUGACCGAGGCAUUUGAUCGCAUCAUAUUCUCUCUUGCAUCAAUCAGCACGUUAGCGACCGACACCCCUCCGGGCACUGCACUUAAUACUGAGGUGCAGGCGGGCAAGAAGAGUGUAAUGGUGAGCGAGUUGGCUGUGAAGUUUGGAAGAGAUUUCCGAGCUCAACUGGCCACUGUGGUUUUGUUCCGGGUCUUGCUGGGCAAUGAGUCUACUGUCAAGCAAGGUUGGGAGUACAUUGUCCGCAUCCUUAGUAACCUGUUCAUCAAUUCUCUCAUUCCGCCGUUUGAUGCUGAGCUUACGGCUGAACUUGACAUUUCUCCGAUCCCGCUGCAGCCUCCGUCUCAAGUUGUUGAUCGGGAUGGGCGUAACAACGACUCGGGGCUGUUGUCUGCCUUUACAUCUUAUCUGUCAAGCUAUGCGGCCGACGAUCCUCCUGAGCCCUCUGAUGAAGAGCUUGACAACACUCUUUGCACUGUCGACUGUGUCACGGCAUGUUCGAUACCCGAGAUUUUGACUAACAUGAAGUCUCUUCCUCUGUCCUCGUUAGAGAUGAUCCAAGAAGCUUUGCUGUCUCAUCUCCCUGAAGAGAAUGCACCCGCAGUCAUUGUUGUGAAGCCAGAACGGCCGACCCCUUCAUCAAGACCUUCAAGCACCAGGGUUGAUCCAAACCAGCCAAAAUACGAUCCUUCGAUGAUCUUUGCCUUGGAAUUGGCAACUGUCUUCACACUUCGCGACAAACAGACGCUCGAGACUCUCGGCGAAGCGCUGGCAACCACUCUUCAAGCAUUGGUUCGCGAUGCGAAGAAUCUUCACCCACUCUCUGUGUCUCGCGUUGUUUCUUAUCUCCUCAACCUGCUCCGGCUGAGUCAUGACCAACACUUCAUGCGUGUCCCUGUGGUGCUUCAUGCCAUCUCCGGCUUUGACCAGGAUACCUUGGAAACUGUUGCUACGCCCACGGUCAAAGGUCUGUCGCGGUGCAUUGCUCACCCGGGCCGAUUGAGAAAUGAGAUCACCAUUUCCCCAGACUUCUGGUCCACCUUGCAGAGACUGCACCAACACGAAGAGACUGCACCUCUGGUCUUUAAGUUGCUCCAUGAUAUCAUUGAGUCAAUGCCCGAAAUCAUCACGGGUGACAACUACGAGUCAACAGUCAGCCUUGCGAAUGACUUUGUCACGGCAGGCCAUGUUGGAUCCAUUGACGAGCGGCAAAGAGAUGUUCAGGUUCGACGGACCAAGGGUGUCAAGCAACCCAAGCCUCACGAAAACCAUGCCGUAAGUCGCGGUAUCAAGGCUAUUGCUCUGGUCUACCACUUGACUGGGCGAGUCCCAACACUCAUCAAACAGUCCCAUCUCGAGAAACGCGAAGCGUGGGCUGCCUACUGGUCUCCUAUCUUCCAAUCACUGACUGGCCAAUGCGUCAACCCUUGUCGCGACAUCCGCCACCAUGCCAUCUCCACAUUGCAGCGAUCCCUGCUAUCCGCCGAGUUGAUCUCGAACGACGACAAAGAAUGGGCUACGAUUUUUGACGAGGUCCUUUUUCCGCUUAUUUUGCGUCUUCUCAAACCAGAGGUCUACCAUUCCGAUCCUAUGGGAAUGAGUGAGACCCGCGUCCAAGCUGCAACGUUGGUUUGCAAAAUAUUCUUGCGCUUCCUUGACCAACUGCCCAACCGCGAGGGCAUGCUCCCUCUCUGGCUGAAGAUCCUGGACAUUCUUGACCGGAUGAUGAACAGCGGCCAAAGCGACAGUCUGGAAGAGGCAAUCCCGGAAAGUCUCAAAAACAUCCUACUGGUCAUGGCCGAUGGCGGCUAUCUCGUCCCGCCGUCCCAAGACCCCAGCAAGGAAGAAAUGUGGAUGGAAACCCGCAAGCGGCUCGGUCGUUUCAUGCCCGAUCUCUUCGCCGAAAUCUUCCCGGAUGCCCCCAAGGAGUCUGAAAAGUCCCGACCCGGGUCCAGCCUCUCAUCCCUGACACAGCCUGGCAACGACGGUGAGAAAAAGAGCGAGGAUACCGCUCCGCCGCAAACCGACAACAGCUCAGCUGAUGCCACCGACACCGCUGCUCCUGCCGCCGAGGAGGAAAACGAAGCGCCCAACGCCGAUACCCAAUCGGUUGACUAG